AAUACGUGUAAAAAAUCUGCCAUUAGUUUACUCACUUUUACCAAAUAAAAAUCAAGAAACAUAUGAAGAAUUAUUUACAAUUGUUAAACAGCACAUUGAACGUAAACCAAAAUACCUCACAAUUGAUUUUGAAAAAGCGGCUGAAAACGCAUUUGGUGUUAUAUAUCCGCAAUGGGAUAUACUUGGUUGCUUCUUCCAUUUUAAACAAUGCAUAUGGAGAAACAUUUGUGAAUUACAUUUGAAAAAAGAAUUUCUUGAAAAUGAUAUUAGUCGUCGUUCAAUGAAAAAUUUAGCAGCAUUAGCUUUUAUUCCACCACAAAAUGUUAUCGAAGAAUUUGUUCGAAUAAAAGAAAAUGCGUCAGAUGUAUUAGAUGGUAAGAAGAUGUUUGCAUAAUUUUUUAAAGACUUAAUCUAAAAAUUUUAAAUUAAAAAAAAAAUUUUACGCGUAAGAGUCGUGCGCUCAAGUGUCGCGCGCGCAAGUGUCGGCGCGCAAGUGUCAUGCACGCAAACGUCGUACAACCGUGGGUGUGGGUGGGUGUGGGUGUGGGUGUGAGUGUGGUGAAGAAAAGAGCAACACACACACCCACACCCACACCCAUAGCUAUCUUCAACGGUAUAAAAGAUUGAAAAACAUUUCAGAUUUGAAUACGAAAAUGUUUCUAUUAGCAAGAGUGGUUGCAUUCUCAAAUGUUUUUAGGCGUCGACACUAGCGUAUAUUUUGAGUUAUGUAUAAAUUGAUGAACUGGCCUCAAAAUUUGCCUUGUAUGUUAAAGCUGUUAGAAAGCGACAACAUUUUUACAGAUGUCUAAAUGAAAGAAAAUGAUUUACACUACGUCUAUCGCAUUCCGACUGCCUAGGAGCGAUAUUGAAUUGGACUGCACUUUCUCCGAUUUUCGAAAAUACGUUUCUCUUGCUUUGAAUUCUUCGUCCCACCACUAGUUAGAAACGUCCGUUCAUUUCAGAUAUCGAGUAUCAAUCUGAGAAAGCAAACACCUUGGAACAAUUUAUACUUUGACUAUUUGAUAAUGAAGAAAAAAGGACACAAGGAUGUGUGGGUGUAUAUCAGAGAUGGACGGGGCAGCAAAAAAGUCACACCGCCACCGCCCCGUCCCGUCCCGUCCCGCCGAUAAAGUUCGGCACCGCCACCGCCUCGUCCCGUCAGUACCCACACCGCCACCGUCCCGUCUCAUUUCAAAUCUGUUUUCAGAGACCAUUUAUUUAUAAACUUUUCAGUACAUGUUCAUAAUCAUUAUUUUAUUUCAUCAAACGAGAAUGCAUAUUUCAGAUACAUAAUCACAAUUUCCAAAUAAAAAAAAAUAUUUAAAUAUAAAAACAAAACCCAU